AUGUCUAGUGUUGUAAGCUGUGAUCUUGUAGGUAAGGAGAUGGUCAAGGAAGGCAUCAAGUUCCCUGUGUCAGAUCUAUCUCCCCUGAUCCUCUUGCCAUCGCUUGUGCGUGAGAGAAGGGGCUUGAUUCCCAUGUCAAGAAACUUGAGUUCCCCCUCGUUGAUUGUCCCGGUCGCCUUCCUUGCAAAGAAGGUGUUGGCAAGUGCCUUCAAGUUCUUCUCUACUGGUCGCACUGCUAAGCUGAGAAGCGAGAUAUCUGGUUUCACUCAAAGGAACAAUGAGACAUUUGCUGAAGCUUGGGAGAGAUUCAAGGGUUACACCAGUCAAUGCCCUCAUCAUGGCUUCAGCAAUGAGUCUUUGCUUUCCACACUUUACAGAGGAGUUUUGCCAAGAUACAAAGAGAUGUUGGACACAGCCAGUAAUGGAAACUUCCUCAAUCAAGAUGUAGAUGAUGGCUGGCAGCUUGUGGAGAACAUUGCUAACUCAAGUGGGAGCUAUGGAGAGGAGUAUGAUCGCACAAACAGGAGCUCGACCUCCAACUCGAUCGAGUCUGAUAGUAAGCUGAGAAACGAUGUCAAGGCACUCAAUGAGAAGUUGGAUACGCUUAUCUUAGCUCAAUCCACAAUGAAGAAGGCCAACUUUGUUUCUAAAGAAGAGAUGGUUCAAGGCCAAGAAGAGGAGGAGAAUCAGUUUGCUGAAGUGUGCUACAUUAAGAAUGGACAAGGAGGUUAUCAAAACGGUUACUAUGGCUACAAGUCACACCCUACCAUGUCCUACAGUAACACUGAUGUUGCCAAUCCUCAAGAUCAAGUCUACCCUCCGCAGCAACAGGCUCCAGCGAGUCAGCCUCCACAGCAAGGAUAUGGUCAGAAAGGGAAUUUCCAGGGCCAUCAGGGAAAUUAUCAAGGACAACAGCAGAGUGUACCAACUGGGUAUGCACCUCAAGCGCCUCAGGCUUCACCAAGUCAGGAACAAGAAAUAAAAGCCAUGUUGAAGCAGCUCUUACAAGGUCAAGCAGAUGGUGCUAUGGAGAUAAGCAAGAAGUUGGCUGAGAUGAACUCUAAGAUUGAAUCCUUGAACACUAGAGUUCACUCUUUGGAACACCAUGCUUCUUCUUCUGCUGCUAAGCAAGGUCAAUUUCCUGGAAAGGCUGUUCAGAAUCCAAAGGAGCAUUGUAGAGCGAUCUUCACUCAAGAGGAAGGAUUUGAUCAACAAGCUGCUAAUGAGAAGGAUAUUGAGGAGAUCUGUAUGCUGCUUAAUAAUGAAGACAAUGUUGUUGCUGAUGCUCCUGGAGUCCAGUACACUCAACCUGAAGUGCAAACUCGAUUGGCAGCUCGAUCGAGCCAGACCGUCUCACCAGCUCGAUCGAGUCAGAUGCUUUAUGCUCCAACACCAUCUGAUGAUGACACCUACAAGCCCCCUGUUCCAUUUCCAAGUAGAAUCCUUACCAAGAAUCAGAAAAAAAGUCAUCACCAAGUUUAG